UGGUGUGCCAUUAAUGUAAAUUUAGUAGAGCUAUCCUUGUGUAGGAAAAUACAAAAAUUGGAAUUCCAUUUUCACAUUUGGAGAAUAGAAUGGGACAAAGAAGAAGUUUGUCAAAGUGGGAUGGUGGCGGAACAAGAGUUAGUUGAGCAACCCACCCGUCACGCAUUUAAUAAACACACUCACUCACUCACUCACUAUCUCACGUGUCACUCACGCAUCUCUAUCUUCUUCUUCUUCCUUCAUUCAUUCCCCUUAUUAAUUCAUUUUACACCAAAACCAGAACAAACAACGCAAAUCAUCAUACUCCAACCAAGCAACAAAAAUGAAGGUACCGAAGAGGCCGAUCUACGCCGUAACUAAAUGGCUUCGCCGUCAACCGCCCAAGAUGAAGCUCUUUCUGGCGACUCUUCUGGCAUUUAUAGCAUUGUUUUUUCUUAGAAUGGUAGUUCACGACCACGAUAACCUCUUCGUAGCUGCUGAACUUGUGCAUGCAUUAGGAAUUUCCCUCCUCAUUUACAAGCUCGCUCAAGAAAAAACUUGCGCUGGACUCUCACUUAAAUCACAGGAACUCACAGCUAUAUUUCUAGCUGUUAGAUUGUACUGCAGUUUUGUCAUGGAAUACGAUAUACACACCUUACUCGAUACUGCAACAUUGGGGACGACGCUCUGGGUUAUUUAUAUGAUACGUUUCAAACUGAAAUCCAGUUAUAUGGGUGCUAAGGAUAACCUUGCAAUAUACUAUGUGGUGAUACCUUGUGCUGUACUGUCUUUGCUCAUUCAUCCAACAACCCGGCAUCAUCCAAUUAACAGGAUUCUCUGGGCUUUUUGUGUUUAUCUUGAAGCUGUGUCGGUUCUACCUCAGCUGCGGGUUAUGCAGAACACUAAGAUUAUUGAACCAUUCACAGCACACUAUGUUUUUGCCCUUGGAAUUGCAAGGUUCUUGAGUUGUGCACAUUGGGUCCUCCAGGUAUUCGAUACUCGUGGUCAUCUACUAACUGCUUUGGGUUAUGGAUUGUGGCCUUCAAUGGUACUUUUAUCAGAAAUUGUCCAAACCUUCAUCCUGGCAGAUUUUUGCUACUACUACAUCAAGAGCAUUGUUGGGGGACAACUUGUUGUUCGGCUUCCUUCAGGAGUGGUGUGAUUUUGACAUUUAUUUUCAGUUCCUUCCAGUUGGAUUCUCCUUUUGCAUUAAAAUGCAGAACUCAGAGGAUAGCUAGAGAAGUUUGAUCAGAAUGUAAUAUAAAUGUAACUUGGACAUUUAUGAGUUAUUAUAUUCUCAUAUUUCUUUUCUCUCA